AGAAUGUCGCAUAAUACCCAAUUUGGCCCAUAUGGACUCUACAAAAACCCUAGUUUCUUUUAACCUUAUAUCUCUCUUCCUCAUUUGCUUCCUUCACUUGCUCUCAGUGUCUCGCCUCUACAGCUUGCGGAAGAACGCUCAAAACCCUAAAAUCUGAAUUGGAGCUUCUCGUUUUUCCGUUAAGCCAUGGCUCUGGUAUUGCAUUCAGGCAAGACAAACAAAAAUGCUUACAAGGCACUUAUUGCAGCAGAGUACUCCGGCGUGAAAGUUCAAUUGGUUGAGAAUUUUGAGAUGGGUGUCUCUAAUAAGACUCCUGAAUUUAUCAAGAUGAAUCCUAUUGGCAAGGUUCCUGUGUUGGAGACACCAGAUGGCCCUAUAUUUGAGAGCAAUGCUAUUGCUCGUUAUGUUGCUCGCUCGAAGGCUGACAACCCUCUGUGUGGUUCAUCCCUAAUUGACUAUGGCCAUAUUGAGCAAUGGAUUGAUUUUUCAUCAUUAGAGAUUGAUGCGAAUCUCUUGACUUGGUUUAGACCUAGAAUGGGACGCGCCCCAUACCUUCCUCCAGCUGAGGAAGCUGCAAUUGCUGCAUUGAAAAGAGGACUGGGUGCUCUAAACACUCACCUUGCCUCAAGCACCUACUUGGUUGGACAUUCUGUUACCUUGGCUGACAUCAUCAUGACUUGCAAUCUCUACAUGGGAUUUUCUCGUCUCAUGACUAAAAGCUUUACUUCAGAGUUCCCUCAUGUUGAGAGAUACUUCUGGACCAUGGUUAAUCAACCAAACUUCAAAAAGAUAUUGGGUGAAGUCAAGCAGACUGAAUCUGUUCCUCCUGUUGAAUCUGCAAAGAAGCCUGCCCAUCCAAAAGAAUCUAAACCAAAGCCUAAAGAUGAACCAAAAAAAGAAGCCAAAAAAGAAAAAGAACCUGCAAAGCCCAAAGAAUCUGCUGAGGAAGAGGAAGAGGCACCAAAGCCCAAACCCAAGAAUCCUCUUGAUUUGCUGCCUCCAAGUAAGAUGAUACUGGAUGAGUGGAAGAGGCUCUACUCAAACACCAAGACCAACUUCCGUGAGGUUGCAAUCAAAGGAUUCUGGGACAUGUAUGAUCCUGAGGGAUACUCACUGUGGUUCUGUGACUACAAAUACAAUGAUGAGAAUACUGUGUCAUUUGUUACCCUGAACAAGGUCGGUGGAUUUCUUCAAAGAAUGGAUCUAGCUCGCAAGUAUGCAUUUGGAAAGAUGCUAGUGAUUGGCUCUAAUCCUCCAUACAAGGUUAAGGGGCUCUGGCUUUUCCGUGGUCAAGAAAUUCCUCAAUUUGUCAUCGACGAGUGCUAUGAUAUGGAGCUGUAUGACUGGAAGAAGGUUGACCUCUCAGAUGAAGCCCAAAAGGAGCGUGUCAACCAGAUGAUUGAAGAUUUUGAGCCUUUCGAGGGUGAAGCUCUUUUGGAUGCCAAGUGCUUCAAGUGAAGCAACUCUUCCAUCUUUUAUGUUAUGUUAUUUAUUUUUUGUUGUGUCCCCUUUUUUUUUUUGUUCCAUUGGUAGUGAGUUUGUACCUCCUGAUUUAGACAGACUUAGAAAAAACCAGCCUUUUGUGAUUUGAGUUACAUAGUAUAACGUUGUUUUUGCUUUUGUGCCUCUUAUGUCAUCUUAAACAUGAUUGCCACCAUAUCAUUUGGUGCAUAAUGAUUAUAAGAGUAAUUUUGUUUUUAAAAA